GCAUGAUAUGGAAUAUUGCCUUAUAGAAUACAGUUGACAGACAGACACUAAUUGGGUCAUUUUCUGGUGAGAAGUUUUAUCUGAUUGAAGUCAUUGCCUUCAUACUGCAGUACUUGAAGGACCAGUUGAUAGACCAUCAUUCCCGUGGUGUCAGGCCAUUGAAGACAGCAGAUUUUGAUUGGGUCAUUACUGUACCUGCUAUAUGGGAUGCACGAGGAAAAAGAAUGAUGAGAGAAGCUGCUUAUAUGGCUGGUCUCCUAACAGAGUCUAAAAGGAUCAGUGAGUUCACUCCUAUAUCAAGCAGUCCUUUACCAGUACCAGAUGAAGUUAAUCCUGACAAGCUAUCACUAGCAUUAGAGCCUGAGGCAGCAGCUCUUUAUAGCCAGGAAACAGUAGCAGAGCAGAUCAAAGGUCAGCCAUCAGCAGCAGCUAUCAGUCAUCCUACAGAGUAUAUGGUGAUUGAUGCUGGAGGAGGUACAAUAGAUAUCACUGCUCACGUUGAAGUAGAUGGAGGUAUUGUAGUCCAGAAUGUACCUACUGGCAAUGCAUGGGGUGGUACACAGGUCAAUGAAGGGUUUUCUAAAUUGCUUCAAGAACUUGUUAAUGAUCCCGGCUUCGAAAAAUUCAUUGCUUCAGGAGAUCACACCAAAAAUCAAGCUACACUAAAUAAAAUUGUAUACACUGAAUUUGAAAAACAAAAGGUGCUUUUUGGCCAAGGAAAAUUGGAAGAGAUUGCAGUAGAACUUCCAAGAAACUUUGUACGGUUUUAUGAGGAAGCUCUUAUCGAAGGAGCAGAAAAAAUGAGUGGUACAGACUAUGAUCCAGACGAAAAUGACACACUUCGUAUAAAUAAAAGUGUCACAGAGUCUAAGCUGUUUGGUCCUGCUAUCCAAGGUAUUAUUGAUUGCACACUGGCAGCUAUUAGUAAAAUUGACAACUGCCCCAACACAUUUUACUUGGUUGGUGCUUUUGGAGGAUGCAAGUAUGUUCAUGAAAAGGUCAGUCCUGCUAUAAAAAGGUACUAUCAGUCUAAAGGUCAUAAAGGCACAUGCUCUGUGUUAGUACCUCCUUCUCCUCAUUUAGCUGUUGCUACUGGAGCUGCUAUGUGGCGUAAGAAUCCUGAGAAAUUCAAAGCAAGACGAGCCGAUGCUACUUAUGGGAUAGGACUGUCAUUUCCAUUUGAUCCUGAAAAGCACAAUGAAGCUUAUAAGUGUUACAUUGAAGACUAUAAAGGAUACUAUUGCAAUUACAUUUUCAACAUAUUUCUUGAGGAAGGAGAAUUAGCUAAAGCUAAUGAGGUUAUCACUACAUACUUCACUCCAAGAUGUCAAGAUAAUACUACAGCGAGUAUCAAGAUUUAUUCAACACCUCAACUUGGGGUUAGGUAUAUCAGAGAUGAGAAUAAUAAACUAAUUGUUACAGAAAUUGGUCAACUUGUCAUUGACGUUCCUAAUCCAGACAACUUGCCUUUAGACCAGCGUAUAGUUGAUGUCACAAUAGAUUUCAGUGGUACAGAGAUACAAGCAAAAGCUCGCUAUCGUGUGACUGGCAAAGAAGUUAAAACCGUCUGUGAUUUUCUUUCUACCUAGUCUUGAUUAAUAUACUUGUCUGUAUGUCAAUUAUUAGUAUUUCAAUAAUGCACACACACAAACACUAGUGCAGUUUCAUUCCAUAUGAUGCAUUACAUGUAAGUUUUAA